CAGGCCCAGGGCAUGGCAUGCAUGUAAGGGCCGCCUGGGCCUGGUUGGGGUCCGGUCAAGCCUCUGACUCUGAGUCUGGAGCUCCUGCUUCUUGGCCAAAACUCGUGUCGUCCACCAUGGUCCACUGGCGAGUGGCAGAGCGUGGCUCAGCAAACGUGGGUGUUGUCAGUGGAAAACGUCGCCGGAGGGUGCUUUCCGAAACAGUUUCUUGAACUAAUAUCCGAACUUUAAUAAUAGGUCCCUCGGGCUCUCUGCUAGUGCUAGUGUGGAACGUGUUCACCAACAGCAAUAAAAGACGCUGUUUUGUAGUCGUAGCUGUGCAGUAAACACAGUUUAUGACAGCUCCACGAGCGUCUAUAGUAGUAUAGAUCUACUGAGUCUGUACUCAAUAAUAGUAUUGUCUAUUUUCACCGUUGUGAGCCAUGAGCCGUAUGUAGCCGCCUACAAUAGCGAUUGCCGCUAGCGCAGCAGCGGGGUGUAGCGGCGUGCCGUGAUUCCCGUCGAGUCCGGCAAAAUGGACGACAGCGAUCUGGACUUGAGUGAUUUCAGCCUAGAGGAAAUCGUCCAGAUUCAAGGAGUCCUGAAGAGAGAUGCUGCCUUGCAGAAGGAAGUGGAUGCUAAGCGUCGUCACUGUCAACAAGAAAUACACAAGAUGCGUUUGAUUAGUGCUACUGGCACAACGUCCAGAAUGUGUGCACGCUGUCGCCAGUCUCUGGGUGUCCUGAUAGGCCGCGGGCAGAUCUGUCCGCAGUGCAACCUGCUAGUCUGCUCAGACUGCAAGAAGACAAGUGGCUGGGUACCGGCUUCUCUGGGCUGGUUGUGUUCUUUCUGCCUUCUACAAAGGCAAUCCAAGUACCAGGCAGGAGACUGGUUCUUUGGUGUCAGCAAAGCUACUCCUAUACAGGACCGGCCAAGUGAGCGGCUGAUGAAAGAGACUGUGGCAAUGAGGCAGCCCCAUCAAGUUCACAAAGUUGUCAAGGUUGACCAAGGGGCAGCAAGGGGAGAUGACCUUCAGCGUGGUAGCAGUUCCACACUUGGCGGCAAGAAGAAAAAGAAGAGAAAGUCUAGAGAUGAGAGUCAUGCAAGAGCAGUGGAUAGUCGUGAUCCAUCUCUUGCUCAUGCUACUGGUGCUGCAGCAACGAAGCAGAAGGCACGAAAGAGCAGAAGUUUUGAAGAUGCGCAAGCUACAGCCAAAACCAAACCAGGACGUGGUGUACCUGAUAAACCUAGAUCAAGCACUACGAGUGCAUUACCUACCCUUGCACAAGAGGAUGAUGAUGACGACGACACUGGUACAGACACUUCCACUGCAAGAUCGUCUCAUGAUGCUCGUCUGAUAACACAGUCUUUGCCGCCGGAUCUUCUACAUAGCGAGCCGCACAGCAGACAAGAGCGCCGUCAACAUCGCUCCUCAUCUGGGCAUGCACCGAGUACACACUCCAGCACUUCAGCAGCAGUUCUACCAGCAACUGCGGCUGUAGGCGAGCAUGUAGAGGAACUGGAUACAGGUAGUGCCAGUGACCGCAGCGCUAUGCAUUACAGCGAUGAAAAAGAUCUGAAAUACGAAGCAGACAGCGAGCUGUCCGAACAACCUGCAAGCACGUCACACGAUAGACAAUGCUACCACUCAGGAGGAGCAAAGACAGAACAGGAUAUAAACACAGUGGCCGGUGUCAGGCCACACAUUCACCAGGCUGAUCUACACGACUCCACCGAUGAUUCCUCGCAAGCGAAGAACUUGCAGUAUGUACGGCGCUCUCCAUCUCCAAGGCAACACGAGCAACUGGUCCAGCCAGUUGUCAUGGAAACUGAGAUACCAACGGGCGACUUUGAAGACACGGCAGAGCUGUCCGAUAUGGAAGCAAAAGAAGAAGAUGCAGAUGAAAGUGAAGACCGCACUGCGGCACGGUAUAGCAAUGAGGAAGAUGAUGAUACUGCUAGAAAUCGCGGAGAUUCUCGUGUUGAGUCACAGCUUGGUUUCGAACACACCGAAAGCGCAUGUCCACCAGCUGCUGCUGUCACUCAGUCACCGGUGGAGAGCAAAGUGGAAACUGACAGUGCUUCUGACACGACCGCACAUUCUGCAUCAUCAAUGUUACCUGAAGCUGAGCAGAUGGAUGGCUUGGAUGACAUUCCGCAGCGGCAGCGUGUGCGGUCCAACAUGUCAGACGGUGGGUCCUUUCGUGGUUUGCAGCGACGGGCGAACAUCAAGAGAAAGAGCGGGCAUGGUACCAGUGGAGGACGUCAUGGGUCUGCUGCAUCAGUUACUUCUCAGAAUCUAGAUGACUCCGUGAAUCGAAAUAGCGGCGUGUCGAUUGAAUCCGCGCUCGCAGCGGCUGCAUCAAGACUUCCGCAGUCCUCAGAAGAUGAUACGCAAGAAUGUAAUCAGGUUGAAGAACCGGCCGCAGUGGUGAUGUUGACAGAACGAGAGCGGGCUCGUCGUGCUGCACUUGAACGUGUUCGUAAGAAGCGUGCCAACUCGGCGAAUCAAGCCACAGCCGAGGAAACUGCUAACCAGUUCCAUGAGCCUGCUGCUCCCAGUGCAACAGCAGCUGCAGCAGCAGUAGUAGUGAGUAGCGGUGCAGUGCAACACAACAAUGAGCAGGGACUCAGUCAAAGAGAGCGAGCUCGACGUAUAGCCGUGGCUAGAGUAAAAGAAAGGCGACGGACAUCCCAUCCACCCAUGGAAUAUCCGUUAACCAGAGGUGCUGGGAUGGAGGAAGAUGCACCGGCGCCGCAGAGUGAAGCCAUCGCCAGUGAUGUACCCAAACCUGCCGGCAGACCAGCUUUGCAACACCGCUCGUCAACAGUUAUCCCAAACUUCUUAUCCAGCUCAUGCGCGUAUGAUCCUGAGUUUGAUGACGAAGAGUUUCACGGAUCAGAUUGUGACGAGGACGCAAACGCCAAAGCAUCAUCUGUGAAGGGCCCGCCUAUCAUACAGAUAAACGGACACAAAUAUUCUUCAGAGGACUACGGCGCAUCAUACAGUUUGGAGGAAGAUGCUGCGGAGGAAGGCGAUGUUCUUGCGUCGUCAGAACCCCUGUGUGAAGAUGAUGAAUAUCCUUCAGAAAUGAGAAGAACUGUGGGCGCCAGUGAUUCAGAGAGCAGUGGCAGUGAGAGUGAAGGAGCACUCAAUGUUGAUGACUACUUUACUGCAGCCAAGGCACAUGGAAAACACAGCUCAACAGCUGCUUCUCGUGUAGAAGAUAUGAAUCAUGAAGAUCAGCCGGCUGAUCAAGAAGAUGUUGCAAACCCAUAUGGUAUUGAUGCCGUCGACAAGACCCUGAAUGCAGGCAGUGCAGGUCACCUGCAAUUUGACAUGCGCUAUGGAAAAGGACAGCUGCACAUCAGAAUUAACGCCUGCAAUGAACUGGCCGAGUCGCAUUAUGCUUUCAUUUAUGCCAAGAUAUACCUGUUACCGGACCUGGGCAAGGCUGGAAAGCGUCUCACUGCCAUUCGACAAUUCUCCACAAGUCCUAAUUUCAAGCAAGAAUUCACUUACAAAGUGGGAAAGGAUGAACUACAUUACCGGUCUCUGUCCAUUUCGCUGUGGGUGAAAGAUACCAGAGACAGCACACACAAUAUAUUUUAUGGUGCUGUCAAGAAGGACUUUACCAGAGUGGAGUUGGACUCAAAUUGGAGUGUGUUUGAAGAGUUGCUAACUGAGGAGCCUCACAGUGGAAGUAUAAGAGCAAUUGGCAGUCGACGGUGCUCCGGAAACAUUGAUUUAUCAGUUCGAUGUAUGAGUGUAGACAGCAGCGACUUGACAGAAGCAGGAGCUGCAUGUAGAGUGGAUGUGCUAGUGCGUGAGUGCAAUGGCAUAUCAGCAUCUGAUCCAGAUGACCUUGCCGAUCCAUUCAUCUGUGGAAUGCUUCUACCCGGUAUGAAGAACAGAGUAAAGACACGUGUGUGCAAGGCAACCCUACAGCCGCAAUGGAACCAACAGCUUACCUUUGCCGACGUGACAUUCUCCGAGCUGCCAUCUCUAUGCAUUGAGCUCAGUGUAUGGGACUAUGACCGAUUCACUGGCAAUGAUUUCCUUGGCGCUGUCCGGCUAGGCUUAUCAACAGACAGCUUGCAAGGAUCAGCUGAGCAUGACCGUGCGACGUGGCGUGAUAGUAAUGCCGGAGAGGAGAAGCUGUGGACGGAGAUGCUUGAGAAUCCCGGUGACUGGGUCGACACUGUACUAACAUUGAGAGAUCUAAGCCCACAUCGCUAGGAAGAACACUGCCUUGCUGACAGCUAUUCUAUUGCAAGUAACGUUAUUAUGUUCAAUGAUUUAUUUCCCUCAACUUACUUUGAAGGCAAAAUUAUAUUUCUAUUCCAAUCGAUAACUUUCCUAUUUCGCAGUCGCUGAUAAAUCAGUGGAGAUACGCGUAUCCAUUAUUAUUCUUUGUCUUGAUUGUUAAAAAUACCGCCGAUACAAGCAUUGUGUUACCUGUCAUUGUGUUACCUGUCAUUGUGUUACCUGUCAAGAGAAUUGACACAUAGUAAUAGACGCACAUUGAUAUGCCAGUGAGUCCCAUUCUGGAAAUGGAAGUCUAUUAUUAAAAAUGUUGUGGGAGUGAAUUCCCAACAAGCA